UCCGUUGGGUGUUACCGCAGAAAAUUGCAGAUUCACAGCUUUUCAGAAGGUUUUUCUCAUUGUUUUGUACAGUACAACCCUACUGUGCGCUAAACUUUGAUAUUCUGAUUGCUAGAUUAAUAAUCCACAACACAAAACGCAUACAUCGAGUCAAGUGUAGAAAGGGUUUGUAGUGUUUGUAAAUAGCAACCUACACACACACAGUGCAUCUAAUAGGUAUAUUUAUCCGAUUCCAUUUACCAAAUACGCUGUUGGCAGUUUACAUGGCAAAUCUGGUGUUUCAACUAUGAGAAUAAAGAUUGGCAGCUAAUGAGAGAAUAUAACAUUGGGCAAAGAAAUACGACUUCCUCUCCAUUGACCUUGUACGUCACUUUUCCUCUGACGUCCUUUCCUCAUCUCUCCCUUCGUUAGAGAGUAUCUGCACUGCUUAUUUGAAAACGUAUUUUUGCUCCUGCACCCUGGAACAGGAGUGUGUUUACUGUCUACCCAUUGAUUCAUGAAGAAUAUAAAGUUUGAAGCUUCUUCUGGUUGUGGCUGUGAGUGAAUAUGGCAAGUGAACGUCAAGAUGUGGACAAAGAGUUUGAAGAGUGGAAAGAAAAACAUGGGAAGAAGUACAAAUCCAAGGAGGAGGAAGCCAAGCGCAAGAAGAUCUGGCUCGAGUGUCGGACCAGGGUCAUAGAACACAACAAGAAAUAUGACAGUGGAGAGUCAACUUUCCAAUGUGGCAUGAACCACAUGUCUGACUUGGAACAACACGAGGUCUGCUGUGGUGGCAGGAGGAGCUGUCAGGAAGAGAAGAAUGAUAGUUAGAUCUCAAAGUUUCUGUCUUUCUGCUUUCUGACAUAGAAACAACAUGAGGUCUGCUGUAGUGUCAGGAGGAGCUGUCAGGAAGAGAAAAAUGAUAGUUAGAUCUCAAAGUUUCUGUCUUUCUGCUUUCUGACAUAGAAACAACACGAGGUCUGUGGCUGCUUGAUGAAUACGUAGGUCCAAAUGCUUGUUUUACAACAAGACGACAUUGUAAUAUGAAGGAAAUAUACAUAAAAUAAGAAAUAGACUACAAAACCUUUGAACUUUAUACAUGUAAUUUACAGUAAAUAAAGUUAAAAGGCAGCUUUA